UUGUUGCCGGAAGUGGUAUCGGUCUCUCCUUACAAGCAUAUAUAGAGAGAGCGACAGGGAGAUGGCAAUGCAACCGGGAGCCGGCGGAACCGGCAGAGGAAGGUUUGUCUUUCCUUUAGCAACCGGUAUUGGAUCAGCUCAAGGAAUGAUACCAAUGCAACAGCAAACGGCUCGGUUUCCCAUGGUGCCGGUAAUGCAACAAAAUGUACAAAGCAUGAUGGCUGUUGGAUACAACCCUCGGAUGCAACAAGCAGCCAUGGCCAUGCAGGGUGGAUUAUCUAUGGGUCCCAUGCAAACUACAGCAAUGACGUUUAUGGGACAGGCUAGUUACUUAGGAAUGGGUCCACCAGCACCACAGUACACUCCUGACAUGCAGAAGCAAUUAGCUGAAGAACAACAAAAAAUAUUUGAACAACAGCAGAAAAUGUUAGAAGAAGAAAGAAAACGACGUCAGUUUGAAGAACAAAAACAGAAGUUAAGAUUGCUAAGCAGUGUAAAACCCAAGACUGCAGAACAAAACAGAGAUGAUGCAAUGGAAGCUAUUAAAGGAAAUAUGGAUGGUUUUUCCAGAGAUGCCAGAAUGCACCCUACACCUGUAUUGCAUGCCAGGAAACCAGCAGUUGGUGUUAGAAUGUUCUCAGCAACAGAUACAACUGAACCAAUGCUACCUUCAUGGAUUUACAAUGACCGAAUUGUCCCAGAUCUUUAUAAGAGUAUUUUAGAAACAACCCUUUCUACAUCUGGAAUAGAUACAGCUAAAUUGUAUCCAAUUCUUCUGUCCUCUGGGCUUCCUCGGGAAACACUGGGGCAAAUUUGGGCAAUGGCCAAUCAAACCACCCCAGGGAAGCUCACAAAAGAAGAACUUUAUAUCGUGCUUGCCAUGAUCGGCAUUGCUCAGAGAGGAGAAUGUGCCUUAAAUAUGGAUAUACUGAAUCAGUUUACAUCUGCACCUAUACCAACUUUCCCUAACUUUCCGGUGACUUUCCCCAUGGAUCAGCGCCAUGUGGUGUCUCCAAUGCCUAUUGUAUCUAAACCUCUUGAUGUUAGCCAGAAAACUGUUGCAUCAAAAAGUACAUCUUCUGCUUUGGGAGAAGUCAAACAGCUCAAUUUCUUGCCAUCCUCCUUCACUCAGCCGCUUUUCAAAUCAGAUGAUGAUGAUUUCCAAGAUUUCCAAGAUGCCUCUAAAACUGGAUCCAUUGAUGAUUCUUUUUCCGAUUUCCAAAGUGGAACUUCAAAAUCCACAUCGUCAGUGCUGCACAACAGUGCUCCUCCUUUGCUUAUGCCUGUGUCUGGAACUGCAGCGAAAAUGCCUACUACCAUUACUAUGACUACAGAUAAAUAUGCUGUAUUUAAAACAAUCAAUGUGGGUAGUGUCCUGGAAAAUACAAGUCAUCCUACUGGUGACGUUUUUGCAGACUUCAAAUCUUCUGGAGGAGAUGAUGGUUUCACAGACUUUAAAACUGCUGACAGUAUAUCUCCUCUAGAUACUCCACUGAGAGAAACCCAAUCAACUCUCACAUUUCCUAUUGGCCCUCCUCUACAGAAAUCACCAACUCAAUUAAAGCCUUCAUCGAAUCUUGAUUCUUUUACUUCUAUAACAGGUCAUGCCUUCCCAAAGACAUUUCAUACAUCCAAACCUGUAUCCUUAUCUGUUCCCCCACUUUCAUUAUCAUCUCCAUCACCAUUGUUAUCAGCAUCUUCAUAUGUCCCUGUUUCAGCUGCUCCUGCUAAAAAUUCUUCAAUACUUGAUGACUUUGGAGACUUUACACUCUUUGGGCUAUCAACCAACACUACUGUUAAUGGUCAAAUUGACUUUGCCGAUUUUAUGACGAGUAAUAUCAGUUCUGUUGGACAAAAUUCUGAUGCUUUCAAGCAGGAAUCCAGCACUGUUGACUUAAUACUAUCUACUACGGUUACCCAGAAUAUUCAACCUACAUCCUCUGCAUCAGUUAACAAGUAUGAAUUAUUUGAACAACUUUCUCUGGAAACAACAUCUUCCACAGGGUUUGAUGAACCUAAAGAUACUACCAAUGUCACAAAAAACAAUGACUUUACUUUCCAGUAUGACAAAUUCAACACUGCAGAGAACAGUUCAGAGAAAUCAUUUGUGGAUAAGUUUGCUGCUCUAAAACAAGCCAAAGAGGACUCUUUGUCCAUUAAAUCCUUGGAUCUUCCUUCCAUUGGUGGUAGCAGUUUUGGAAAAGAAGACUCAGAAGAUGCUCUUUCCAUCCAAUUUGACAUGAAGUUGCCAGAUAUGGGCGAGGAAUUGAAGCAUGUUAUGUCUGAUAGUUCUCUGGAUUUGCCAACGGGUAGUGGUCAGCAUCCACCUGCUGCAGAUGAUUUUAAAGGCACGAAUGACAACAAUUGCUCCCUACUAAGCAGUUUGACAAUUUGUGACUGGUCAGAGAAGGACACCGUACAUAUGAACAAAAAGCAGCCUGACUUUUUUUUGGGCCCAGAUUACAGUGCUCGCUCCUCUACAACUGUGUUCUCAAAGAAAGAGACUUCUUUUGGAAGUACUGAAAACCUAACUAUGACAACCAUAUCAAAAGUAACUACAUUUUCUAGUGACGUUCCAGCACCAGUGGACCCUUGUAUUACAAGCUCAAUAGGGCACAUUGAAAAAGCUAUUGAUGACACAUUGGUGAGUGGCCUUGGUGAUAUUAGUUCUCUUGAUUUGGGAGAAACCCAUGACAUUUCAGCCAGUAAUGUUGCUCAUGAGCUAAGAAAUACUGAUGAUUUUGGAGAGUUCCAGAGUGAAAAACCCAAAAUGAGUAAAUUUGACUUUCUACUGGCCAGUUCUCAAGGGAAAAUGAAAUCAAGUGAAGAAAUGAUUAAGACCGAGCUUGAAACUUUGGAUCUUUGUGCUCAAGGAUCCCAUAAGAGAAGCCUUAGCCUUGGGGAUAAAGAAAUCAGUCGCACUCCUCCUGCUGUAGAACAAGUUUUCAGAGACCGAUCUAACACUGUUACUGAGAAACCUUCCUUACCAGUAAUUAGGGACAAGUACAAAGAUCUCACAGGGGAAGUAGAGGAAAGUGAAAGGUAUGCAUAUGAAUGGCAACGUUGUCUGGAAAGUGCACUUCAUGUCAUUAAGAAAGCUAAUGAUGCUCUUAAUGGAAUUAGCAGUUCAUCUGUCUGCACUGAAGUUAUCCAAUCAGCUCACGGGAUGGAGUAUUUAUUAGGUGUGAUUGAGGUAUACAGAGUCACCAAGCGAGUACAAUUGGGUAUCAAGGCCACAGCGGUAUGCAGUGAGAAACUGCAAAUGCUAUUGAAAGAAAUUGACAAGCUCUGGAACAACUUGAUAGGAUUCAUGUCACUAGCUGCUCUAAUGCCUGAUGAAAGUGCACUGGAUUUUGCUUCUUGUAUGCUACGACCAGGAAUAAAAAAUGCUCAAGAACUAGCAUGUGGCGUAUGCUUGCUAAAUGUAGACUCCCGGAGCAAGGCAUUUAAUUCGGAUAAUGAUCAUUUUAAACUUUCCUAUGGAGGUCACCAGUACCAUGCCAGUUGUGCAAAUUUCUGGAUUAAUUGCGUUGAGCCUAAGCCUCCCGGUCUUUUACUACCAGAUUUACUGUAAUUUAUUGUGACUAUAUAACAGAACUUACCCACUUCAGACUACCAUCUUCCGAAACCUUGAGAAAUUAAAGCAUUCUUCUUCUAUCCUAAAUAAUCAAUAAAUUAAGAAAUAUUUAUUGAAAACAAUGGGCCGGACCUGAUAUGCCCUUGCACUGCCAGUUUUGUGAUGCAUGCAUUUCUUUUCCUGCUUAAUUUACUCUAGUAUCGGAAAAAAUGUUAAAUAUUUGAGUUGAAUUUGUUAGUUUGUUGAGUUAAAUUGUUACAUCAGUUAAUGUUGGAAAGAGAUAUGAUGAAUGUAGAAAUGCAAAGAUGACAUGAACAUUUUAGAUUUUAAGCAGAUCUAUUGUAAGUUCUGGCUUUUUUGAUUUUAGUCUUUAAAUUAGACCAAUUAGACCAUAUUUAAUACCAUAUCCUCAGCUUAAAUCAUGUAAUAAUCAUUUAUGCGGGCUGAAAAGCAGUUACUUUUACUAUGUAUGAAUCGUUCAGAUUUAUUUUAAUCGCUGCACAAUUUAUCAAAUAUUCUCUAUACUUAAUCUUAAUGAGACAAAUCCCCAAUGUACUAUUUUUAACCACAAAAUAAUUACACCACUGACCGUAAGAAAUGGAAGCUAUUACACAGCUAUUUAUUAUGGUAACCCUUUUGUGUCUGCAUAUUUUAAAAGUGUAAAUGUACAUAUAUUGUGGAGAGAGUGAGAAAUUGGAGAAAAGUAACAUUAUUCAUGCAUUCUUAAAUUAAAAAUGUUUAAUAUGAGUGAUUUUUCCACUUGUUAUAGUAAUGAAUGAUUAUUAUUUUAUUUAUAUAGAGCCUUUUUCCCAAUAGGACUCAGAGCACUUUACAUCAUUACAUAGUGUUAUCUAUGGAACAUAAAAACUACAGAUUAGUCCCUGGUUGGAAUCAAACCCAUACCCUCAGCACUGUGAGACUGUAAAUGCUAACCUCUGUGCCUCAUACUGUGCCACUGCACAUGAUUAUCACUCAUAGGACUUUAUUUACAAAAGUGGAAAAUAAGCUUUGGUUCCACCAUGCUCCUAAAUUUGCACUUAGGUUUCCUCCUAAGAACUUAGGUGUGCAACGCUGAUAUGAGAGGGACAGUUCUGCUUUUCCUCAGUGUGUAGACAUGGCUGUCCUGACUCUUACCUUAGUGAGCGAGUGCCAUACUUCAGAAGCACUGGGCACACCCAAGGGGUGUGGCUUCGUGCAUUGUUUUGGGAGCACAUACCAAAUAUAGAUUGAUAUUACUCAGUUGAGGGGUUAAAAGGGAAUAAUUUUUUCCCAUUCCUUGCUGUGUGGCGAAGCAGACAGUCAUUCCCCCCUAAAAGGUGGAUUCUGUGGUAUAGCGCAUUGCUACAAGUACUCAGAGCAAUUUCAGAAAAUGUUUCACACACAAAAUUGACACUUGUAAUAGAAACAGUUACUAUUUCUUUCACUCUUAUAAUUACUUUAACCCAUACAUAAGGCUAAUGUUAGCGGUAUUUAAAAAAUAAUGACAAUGUGAUUUGAAUAAAAGGGUGGAACUAAAAUUGUAGGAGCAUGGACAACAGCAUUUAUACAGUGUACAGUACCUCUGUGUAGCACUCCACACACCUUUACACACUUCUACUAGAGAUUUUGUAGUAUACUUUAUGUCCUGAAUGGCUACAAUUCUUAGCAUGUACAGUAUAGGGCCUAAAGAACAUAAAAAUAAAACCAGCAUCUCAUCAGAAAUCUUUCAGGUGGUAAUCAGGCUAGCUGGAGAACGGAUUUGAACAAUGGUCAAAUCUGGCUCUGUGUUUCUUUAUUGUCUGGUUACACUGUGGUAUCUGGAAUAUGUAUUUUUGCUCUGCUAAAUAUAUUUGGCCUUAUGUGACCCUUAUAUGUGGUACCUUUACUGCUGAGACCUUGACUAUUUGUGCCAGCUUGUGCUGUGUACUUUUUAGCUAUAAAAGCAAAUUAUGACGAAAUCUCAUUAAUUUAUAUUAUUAUAUCUACUAAAGCAGAGGUUCCGCUAUUACAGUCCAGAUUUUAAGGAUAUCCUUGAUUAGGCACAAGUGACUUAAUUAGUACCUCAGUCAGAUUAAUUUGAACAUCUGUGCACAAGUAUGUAUAUAUUAAAACCUGGACUGUAAUGGCAGAGUUUGGGAAAGUCUGUACUAAAGGCUUUGGCUCUUCUUUAAUUUGCAACUAUCAUCAAAAACUACCGUUUACAGAAUCAGUAGUAAAUAAAUAAAUUACAACUUUGUUUUAUU